UUGUUUUAUAAAUAAUAUGAAAUUUAAAAGCAACAAUCAUCAUGUCUAAAUAAAAAAAAAUCGUAUUCUUAGAAAUUACAAAAAAAUAAAAAAACAACGCCAUGCUUAAUUUCUUUCGUCGUUCUAAAACCAAAGACACCAUUGACUAUACUAAAAAUGAAACGCAAAAAGAAAAAUUUAAACAACUAACAACGUUAGAUGAUUCAACAAUACUUUUAACAUCAACACCAGCUAAAAAUAAUUGUAAAGUGGCUCCACUACUACACUCGGAUGAUAAUGGUACUCAACAACAACGUAAAUUAACGUCACUGACAACGAAGACGACGGCGGCAACAUUACUUAACGAUGCUCACACAAAUGGAAGUGGUGUACGAAUAAGUAAUGUGAUCCGUAAUAGUCCACCACCGUCCCCGUCUUCAACAACGAGUUUCGGUACGAAUAAUAAUCCUAUUCAAGCACGGGAUCGUCGUAUUAUUGGACACAAGCCAUAUGUGGCAAAUAUUUGUGAUUUGGUGUAUUUAACAAAUGAUCAAAAAACACAGCCACAAUCGAAUAAAAAAAUUAGUGGUUCUUCGUUUAAGGAAAUAAUGGCACCUGCGAUGGGAUGGCGUAAUAAAAAUAAAAAUAAUAAAAAAGGUAAAAAUAAACAACAACAAAAUACAACGCAUGCGCAAUCAACAUCAUCUGCAUCAACUGCAGUUGUUAAACAACAAUUACCAACAAGUAGUGAUAUGGGUAAUAAUAAUACAAGUGAAAAUAGUGAAAAGAGUGAUAUUGUUCAACAAUCGGAGAAUAAAAAAAGUGAUAAUAAACAAGAGACGGCGACACAACAGUUAAAUCAAAAUGUAACUAAAUCUCAUGUAAGUAAUAAUGACCAAACAUCCACAUCGCAAUCGUUAGAACGACCAAUAAAACCCCCACGUGUUGAAAAAACAAAUUCUAUUUUAAGAACAUCGACUACAAGUUUGCAACAACAACCGAUUAAUAUUGAGAACAGUGUAAACGAUUUGAAAUAUCAAUCAUCGAAUACAAAUCAAUCAACAUUAAACGAUACAACUGAAAUAUUUUUACCCAUCGAUACAAAAGUUGAUUCAACAAAACAAGUUAAUAAUAAUUUAAGUGAACAAAAAUCGAAACAAGGACAAACGGGAGUGGUCAGUGCGAAAAAUGUGCCAAAAAUAAAUGUGAAAAACUCUGAAUUAAACAAUAAUGAUAAUAAAGUGGUAUCAAAUCAACAAUCAACAAAAAUGGGGAAUCAACAAGCGUCUACAACGAAUGUUGAAUCAACAAGUAAAGCACAAACUUCAGUGAAAAAGGUUGAAAAUCCAACGAAUAACGAAAAUAAAGUUUUGAUUAAUCAACAAAGUUCGAUUGAUUCUAAGGGCCAAUCUUCUGCAGUGAAUAAUAAUCAAGAUAAGAAAGUUUUGGGGAAUCAACAAAGUUCGAUUGAUUUAGUGAAAAAGGUUGAGAAUCCAUUAAGUAACGAAAAUAAAGUUUUAAUUAAUCAACAAAGUUCGAUUGACUCAACUAAGGGUCGAUCCUCAGUGAAUAAUAAUCAAGAUAGGAAAGUUUUGGGGAAUCAACAAAGUUCAAUUGAUUCAAGUAAAGUGAAUAAUAGUCAAGAUAAGAAAGUAUUGGUAAAUCAACAAAAUUUGGUUGAUUCAGGACAAAAAAAUGUUGAAAACUCUAUUAAUAAUAACAAAGUUUUGAUCAAUAAUCAACAAGUGAUUGAUCCAAGCAAAGAAAUUUCAGUAAAAAAAAUUGAAAAUAUAAAUCAACAACCAAGUAAUGUUAGUAAAGUUACGGUUAAUCAACAACCAAAUAAAAUGGGUAAUCAACAAACAAUACCCACAAAUGAUUCAAAUAAACAAAAUAUAUUGAAAAAAACUGAAAAUCAACCAACACAAAACACGAGCAAUAUUAGUAAAGUUACGAUUAAUCAACAACCGGUUAAUAAAAUCGAUAAUCAACCUGCUUCAACAAAACAAAAUUCUUCUGCUACGGUAUUACAGAAAGAUAGUAAAGUGUUGUUAACCAAUGAACAACCGCAUAAAAUGGUCAAUCAACCCACGGUGAAUCAACAAAAUCAAGUUAUGCAGUCAUCUUCAAUGCAAUCGAAUAAAACACCUACUUUAAAUAAAAUUGAUUCAGUUCCAAAUAAAAAUAUUCAAGAACAAAAUACAUCGAAUCAACAUUCAACAAUUUCCUUAAACGAGAAUAAAAAUGUAAUCCAAUCGAAUUCUUCCCUUAAAUCAGUGCCAGAAAAAAGUACAAUAAAAAUGGAAUCAUCACAACAAGUACCAACGAAUCAACAAAAUGGUUUAAUCGGUGAUAAAAAUAAAGAGCAAAAAACUAAUGAUAUAAAACAGUGUGUUCAAAAAGUGAUGUCAAUUAAUAAUGAUAAAAUAAAUAAUGAACAAAAUAUCAUAAACAAAAUUAAUAAUGAAAAUAAACAAACGGAACAGUGUAAUACAGUGACGUCACCAUCCAAGUUACAAAAAACUAAAAGUGUAGGAUCAAAUGAAAAUAUCUCAACAGGCGCACCAAUGACUGUCUGUUCAAUUGCAAUUCCAGUACCAUCGAAAAUAUUAAAAAGUGAUAAAAUACCAGUGACGGCAAUUAUUGAACGAAAAUUAUCACUAGAUAAAACCGGUGAUUUAACAACACAAGGUCAACAGAAAACAAAUGACGGAUCAACGACUGAUCAAACGAAAAACUUAGUAAGUCAAGAGGCACGUUUUCAAGCACAAAUUACUGAAUUAAAAAAGCAAUUAAGUAAUCGUGACGCUGAAGCAUUAAAACUCACUUACCAAAUGGAUGAAUUACAACGUGAAGUAUAUGUUAAAUCAUCUGGAAUGGAUCGUUUGGAAGCUGAAUUAAUAUCGGCGAAUAAAGAAUCAGAAAAUGUGCGAAAACAUUUACGACAUUUGGAAGAAGAUUUACAAGUAUUUCGUGAUAAAAAUUCUGAGUUAGCGGAAGAAAUUACCAGAAAAUCAGACGAGAUUAUUGAACUAAAGGAAUUAAAUGAAAAACAGGCACAAGAGUUAGGUGAACAAGUAAAGCAAUUGACAGAAAAAAUUCAAGAUUUAGAACGACAAAAUGAAGAAUUCAAACAAGAGCGUGAUCGUUUGGAAAAACAACGAUCCACCUUGGAAAAAGAACGUGAAGAAGAAAAGAAAAUUGUCCAAGAAGCAUUAGAAAUGGCAAUGACUGAAAAGAAAAAUAUACAAGAACGUUGGGAAAAAGAUUUUGAAAAAUUACGUACAGUAAAUACAGGUCGUGAACAACAAUUACUCGAUGAUUUCGAAUGGAAAUUACGUGAAGUUGAACAAAGUUGUAAACGGCGAUUAGAAGAAAAAGAUAAAGUCAAUGAGGAAAAAUUAAAACAAGCGUACAAAGAUGUUGAGGAAAAAGUAAAAAACGCUGAAUCGCAAUUAAACGAAGUCUUACACUUAAAAUCAUACGAAGCCGAAGUAAAACAAUUACGUGGUUUAACGGAUGACCAACAAAAAUCGUUACGUUCAAUGACGCAACGCAUGGAAGAGUUACAAUUAACUGAAGAAACUUUAAAAGAAGAAAUUGAAAGACUUAAAAAACAGAUUGACAUCGAAAAAGGGAAAUUAGUUAAUGUUGAACAUCAACAUAAAUACGAAUUAUCCGAAAAAGAUCGUGAAUUACAAAUCAAAUUAGAAACGCAAAAAGGUGAAGUGGCUGUACAAUGGGAAGAACGGUUACACCAAGAAUGUUCGAGGUUAAAAUCGGAAUUAGAACAAAUGCAUGGUGAAGAAAAAAUGUUCGCUGUUGAAGCGAUUAAAAAUAAAUUAAAUUCAGAACAUAAUCAAGCGAAAAAAACGUGGGAACGUCAAAUAGAAGAAUGCACACAACAAAUCACAAGCUUAAAACAAGAAAUGGCAUCAAAAGAUGAAGAAUAUCAAAAAGAAUUAGAACGAUUACAAACAAAAGCCGAUCGUGAUAUUUUAGAAUUACGACGAUCUCUAGACAAAACCGAUAUGUCGUACCAUAAUCAAAUCGAAAAGUUAACCGAAACACAUGAACGAGAAAUUGAACGAUUAACAGACGAAUAUGAAAAGAAAAUUAAAGAACUUGAAGCGAAUUGGCAAAUGCAAAUUACUUCCACUAGAACGACUUUAGAAUUAGUUAAGGAGCAAAUGGAAAGAGAUGCUCAGGAAAAAUUACAAUCAUUAGAUCAACAUCAUCGUAGUCAAUUAGAACACCAAUGGGAACAAUUAGUUCAAGAUAAAGAAGAAGCUUUACAACAAAUGGAACAAAACUAUCGUGGUAAUUGUGAUAAAUUAAAAGACGAUAUAACAAAUUUACAAAAAGCACACGAAGAGAAAGAAUCAGAAUUACAAACGACAAUAAACGAUUUAAAAACACAAGUUGAGGAAAAAUUAGCGCAAAUAAAUUGUUUACAAAGUAAUGUAGACACAUUACAAGGUGGUAUGCACGUAUUAAAUCGAGAAAUCAAAAAUCAUGAGGGUGAAUUACUAAAAAUGCAAAAAGAUAACGAGAAAAAAAUUAGGCGAGUAAGAGACGAAUUAUUAGCUGAACAAACCAGACGAAUUAAUCAACAAAAAGAACAACAUGCAAUGGAGUUGGAAAAAUAUCAAAAAACUACCAAAGAUUAUAUAGAUAAUUUACAGAAAAAAUGUCAAUGUUGGUCGAAAUUGUUUGAAGAAAUGCGAACAAAAUAUCAGCAAAAUCAACAAUGCCACUUCCAAGAUCAACAAGCGAAAUUAAUAACAGAAUUAAAACAAAUAAUAAGUCGACAAGAUAGUGAAAUAACAAAAUUAGUUGAAGAGAAAAAUAAUUACAAAAUCCAAUUAGGACAAAAAAUUCCAAAAGAAUACCGUCGUAAAGGUGGAGGUGGAACAACAAUAGCGGUUCAAACAAAUUGUAGUACACAAGAAAUAAAUCAUGAGAAUUCCCAAAUUGUAUCUUCAACACCAAAUCGUGAAUUGGAUAUAAUUUGGGAAGCAAAUGAUAGUACGGAAGACCAGCCGCAGCAAGCGACAAGUAAUAUGCAACAACAUGGGAGUAAUUGAAUCGGUGAAAAAAAUGUUUUUUUUUAAUUAUUAAGUUACCAUAUUGAUUAGGUUCCUAAAAACUAUUUAAAAAAAUAUGUCAAUAAUUACUGUGAAUUUGUAAUUUUUUUUUAUCGAUUUGACAUAUUGUCAUUUAUUGUUAUACUGCCUUUAUUAUCCCCCCUCUCUUGUUGUAUUUAAAAAUGAAACUUUUGUGAAAGAGGCGA